GCCAGAGAGGAUUCCCUAAAUUGUACUCUACGACAGACUAAAUUGGGCAGAGACAAGAGACAGGUACAGUGAAGCAACAGGUAGAGGAGUAGAUUAACGAGAAAAAUAUCAAAUCAGUGAGGAGAUUCUAUAUAUCAACAGAAAGAACAAAGAUCAGGGCUGCCUAAUUGCUGACAUGAUGGGACUCACCGAGGGGGUGUUCCUGAUUCUGUCUGGCACUCAGUUCACACUGGGAAUUCUGGUCAAUUGUUUCAUUGGGUUGGUCAAUGGUAGCAGCUGGUUCAAGACCAAGAGAAUGUCUUUGUCUGACUUCAUCAUCACCACCCUGGCACUCUUGAGGAUCAUUCUGCUGUGUAUUAUCUUGACUGAUAGUUUUUUAAUAGAAUUCUCUCCCAACGCACAUGAUUCAGGGAUAAUAAUGCAAAUUAUUGAUGUUUCCUGGACAUUUACAAACCAUCUGAGCAUUUGGCUUGCCACUUGUCUUGGUGUCCUCUACUGCCUGAAAAUCGCCAGUUUCUCUCACCCCACAUUCCUCUGGCUCAAGUGGAGAGUUUCUAGGGUGAUGGAAUGGAUGCUGUUGGGUGCACUGCUCUUAUCCUGUGGUAGUACCGCAUCUCUGAUCAAUGAGUUUAAGCUCUAUUCUGUCUUUAGGGGAAUAGAGGCCACCAGGAAUGUGACUGAACACUUCAGAAAGAAGAGGAGUGAGUAUUAUCUGAUCCAUGUUCUUGGGACUCUGUGGUACCUGCCUCCCUUAAUUGUGUCCCUGGCCUCCUACUUUUUGCUCAUCUUCUCUCUGGGGAGGCACACACGGCAGAUGCUGCAAAAUGGUACAAGCUCCAGAGAUCCAAGCACUGAGGCCCACAAGAGGGCCAUCAGAAUCAUCCUUUCCUUCUUCUUUCUCUUCUUACUUUACUUUCUUGCUUUUUUAAUUGCGACAUUUGGUAAUUUCCUACCAAAAACCAAGAUGGCUAAGAUGACUGGCGAAGUAAUGACAAUGUUUUAUCCUGCUGGCCACUCAUUUAUUCUCAUUCUGGGGAACAGCAAGCUGAAGCAGACAUUUGUAGAGAUGCUCCGGUGUGAGUCUGGUCAUCUGAAACCUGGAUCCAAGGGACCCAUUUUCUCUUAGAGUAACAGAGGGCAUGGGGUGGAGCCUGUGAGCCUUUUGACCUGGCUCAAGACUACAGGACUCUUCCUGACCCUCCUGUGAUACCAGU